AUGGGCUCUCAACCUCAAGCAGACAUCACCCUCUACACCAACCACGCGUGCCCUUUCGCGCACAGGGCACACAUCACCCUCGCCGAACUUGGUCUCCCCGUCAAGGAGGAAAUCAUUGAUCUCAGCACACCCCGAACCCCAGAGUAUCUGCAGAUCAACCCCCGCGGCCUCGUCCCAACCAUCAUCUACAACGGCGAGACCAUCACCGAGUCCGCCAUCGUAGCUCAAUUCCUCGCGGAUGCGUAUCCCAGCCAUCUCCUCCCCGCGUCAACGGACAAGAACGGCCCGUUGACCAGAGCGAGGGUGGCUUUCUUCGCUGAUGCGUACUCGAACAAGGUCCAGGCGCAUAUCGGCAAGGCUAUUUACAGGGCUCAGACGGAGGACGAGGUUAACCAGGCUGUGGACGAUGCCGUUGCUGGUAUCCUCAAGGAGGUUGAGCCUCUUCUCAAGAACGCGGCGCCUUUCUUCAACGGGAGCGAUAAGCUCACCUUUGCAGAGGUCCUUAUAGCUCCAUUCGUCAUUCGACUGCUGUCGUUCGCCAAGCACGGCCUCCUACCAGUCAAUCUCCCCUCCCGCCUCGAGAAAGAGACCCCCAACUUCUACAAGUGGGCGCAGGCCAUUAGCAAGAACCCCAGCGUUCUAAAGAUCUACGACGAGGACCUGGUCAUCGAGUCAAGUAAGAGAGUGAGAGCCAAGUUUGCCAGCAAGGCCUAA